AAACUUGCGAUUGUGGUUUGAGACAGGUUUGAGCAGGGUUUGCGUGAGAAAACACACAGUGUCAUGUGAUAAGAGGUCCAAGAUCGGGUUGGUUAGUUAGCGUGCUAGUGUAUUUUUCGUUGAGGUAGCUGGCUAUAAGAACGGUAUUUUUUUUUAUCCCUAUGUUGAAGCAAGCAAAUUUGGUCGCGUGUUCUUUGUAGAAAUGACUAAAAGAGCGUAUUCUUUCGCUGAGUCAUUCUCAUCACAGUAUAAAAUUCACGUUGGACAAAAGGAGUUGAAUCAUCACGGCGUAUUUGGGAACACGUACAGGCAAGAGGUCUUCGAAAAGACGAAGAACCUGCUCUUCAAUGGGACCAAAAUCCGGAAUAUAGAUGCAGAGAAGUGCUCAGCAAUACAGCCAUCGGGGUCAGGUAUGAAACCUGAUGUGAGCCAGACACUCCUGAGGGGACAGACACUGAUUGGGCAGGAUGGCAGACUACAGAGAACUACACCUGUUCAAGGUUCAGCGUUGGCUCCAGUGGGGUGCUGUGUGUGUCAGAAGGCCCAGGGCACCAGGAGGCCGUGCUCCCAGUGUGACCGCCCAGCCUGCCCCUCCUGCAUCCAGCAGUGCGCCAGCUGCUCCAGAUCCUGCUGCUCUGUCUGCACCGUCAUCGACUACAGUGGACAGUAUGAUCAAGUGCUGUGCUGUGGCUGCGCAUCAUAAUCAAGGAUCAAGGAUUGUUUUUAUACAUUUUAGUUGUCAUUUCACAUUAAAUGUUAACUCUCAAAUGUUAUACAUGUGUAUUUUUGUAUAUAUGUAGUUUGUGGAAUAAAUACUUUGCUUGCUUC